AUGGUUUCCACUCGAUGUGCUGCUUGCAAGUAUUUGAGAAGAAGAUGCCCUUCAGAUUGCAUUUUCUCCCUUUAUUUUCCUUCCAAUAAUCCGCAAAGAUUUGCUUAUGUUCAUAAAAUCUUUGGUGCUAGCAAUAUUGGAAAGAUGCUCCAGGAUUUGCCUGUGCAUCGUCGGGCCGAUGCAGCGGACUCCUUGUAUUAUGAAGCUCAUUGCAGAAUUAAAGAUCCCACCUAUGGUUGUGUGGGGAUCGUAAAUCUUCUGCAUCAAGAAAUAUACAAUGUGCAAAGCCAAAUAGCCAAAAUUCAAGCUGAAAUUGCCUUCCUCAGCACUAAUGAACAAAGUGAUGAAACCCAAUAUCAGCAACUACAAAUUGCACCAAAUUUGGAUCCCAAUUUCUUGUCUGAACAAAAGGGUUUUUCCAAUUCAUUUGAUGACUCUUCAACUUGGUUCUAUUAG